AUGGAGUUGAACCCUCAACAAUUGCAUUAUUUCAAGCGUCAACUCAUAUCUCAGCAGCUCGAAAACGAAGUCGAUGGCAUCCCAAGAUCAAAGGAGUUGUCAUCUCUGGUGAAGCCCAACGCACAGACAGCCAGUGAGUACCCAUUCCUGCAGUAUUUGACCAAAAACUUUGUGCUUGAAUUUCCGUUGCUAAGAGACGGAAAUGAAAAGGGAUUUUUCGAGAAACUGCAGACGUUUUUGGAUGAAUACAGCAAACUCAAGAUGGAUACUUAUGUGCCCAAGAACGCAAGAGACUCUCAAAGACGCGUAUUAUGGUACAAGAUUCAAAAGUUGUUGAUUGUCUCUCUCUGUGCCAGCAUCAAAACUGUGCAAGGCAAGGAAGAAAGCAUCAACCUAUUGUCCGGCGGCGAACCUCAAUCUAACGACGAGGACGAGAAAUUGGUAUCAAGACUCAACAUGACCAGUCUGGAAAGCGAAGAGAACUGUUUGGAGUGGUUGGGCUGUAACGGUCUCAAGUUGAACGUGGUUACUGCGAGAGAUAUCAGCGAGAAGCGUACCAUUCGCGAGCACUUGCAUACUGAGUUUGUCAUUGAAACAAACUUAGUUGUUGCUGACGGCGAAGAUGUCCCACCUGUAUACGUUGCUAGACGUCAUGGCCAGUUCCGCCAACUUCGCGAUGAUCUCAAAGCAGCUUUUCCCACUCUCGAAUUGCCUAGUGUUCCCUCCAAGGCACAUGAUGCCAACAACAAGUCCCAUCAUCUCCACCGUGAAAAGGACCGCAUCAUGUUGAGAUCCUAUUUGCGUCGUCUCUCGGCUGAAACGGAGGUGGCAAACAGUGACAUUUUUAGGGAUUUUCUCAUGAACGACUCUUUCCAAUUGUCUGCCGAAGAACAAAAGGAUGCCGCCGAACGCUUCAAGAUGGAUGAAAACCGAAUCAAUGAAGAGAGACGUUUCCGCGCUGAAGUAGACAAGAAGAUUGUGGAAUUGGACGGCCUAUUGGAUAUGCUCAAGAAGCAAAUCAUGAAACCAAAUGGUUUGCUAGAGGUGUUUGAGGUCAUCAAGAAGACUGAAACCAUUGACAAAUUGCCUGCUGAAUUACGUAAAGCCAUUGAAUGGGGUCGAAUCAAUUUUGCCUUUGUCCUGCACACCCAAUUUGUUACCUCGGAUAGAUCGGUCGAGAACGUUGCCAACUUAAAACGCACCCACUCUCUGAUGCCUUAUCGUACCAUUGCUCAGAUCCUCAAGCUCUCAAACCCCUUCUCCAUGGUAAAGGGCGUUUUGGACUUGUUUUUGGCUCAACCAUUUGGCGGUAAGAGUCUUUUCCAAAGAAUCAUGCUGACCAACAUGAAUGUGCAAUCAAAGGAGCUCGCCAAGGAUAUCGAGGAGCUCCAACUCAAGAUCAAUGAUCCUCCUCUUUGCCAAAAGAUUGCCAACGCCGUUCAAACCGAACUGCCUGAAGGUGUCAAACUGGGCAAGCACAUUCCCAUCACUGAGACUCUGGAACUAUUAAAGAAUCCCAAUAUUGAGCCUGUAUUGACCCCUCAACAGAUUAUCAAGGUAGCAUUUGCCAACCAACCCGGCAAACUUGAAGCCCGUGAGUUGGUUGAAAACCUCUACAGGCUCUGGAUUCUUUAUGCUAGAAAGCAAGAGCAAGAAGUGUUGAUGACACUUGUCUUCCAAGGCGUUACUGGAGAAAUCAUCAAGGAUCUCUUUGCCAUCUUUUACGAACCUUUGGCUCAAGUUUACAAGGCUGCCAACAUUGGCGAAACCAUCGGCCAUGUUGCCAACUUUAUCAACGACCUUAUUGAAGUCAUUGACAAGAUGGACGUUGAAGAUGUCACCAAUACAGCCCAACCUUUCAUUGAUUUAGUCCAGCGCCACGAAGAGGAGUUCUAUCAGUUUGUUCACAACGUGCAUGCUCAAGAUCAAUCCAAAUUGUUCGACAAUCUGUUGGGCUACGUGGAUAAGCUCUUUAGCUUCAUUUCCAACGGCAUUCCCACCAAGAUUGACCUGGAUCAAAUUGUCGCACAAGCUGGCAUCCCACCUGCUGAAUACCCCGCAUUGAAGAAUGAAAUCGAUCAAUUAUGCGUCUACCAUCGCAACCGCAAGGAGAGACAUUUGGAGCGCAAACGUCAAAAGCUCAUGUCGACCAGCGAUGUAGCAGACUCUGAGGAGAUGUUUAACUUUUUGCCUGAAAACAGGGAAGUCAUUAGCGUCUUUAAUGACAUGGCAGAGAUUGAAUACGACAGCGACGAAGAAGUGCAAUCCAGUGUCAGUGGCAGUAGCAGCAGUUUAGUAGCUCACGAAAUGACACUUCGCCCUCCUACACUUCAAAUUAUUCCCAAGAUUGCUCCUACAUUCGUUGCCCAUGUUCAACAGAUCAUGAACAACUAA